UGUGUGAGAUUAAACUGUGCUGCUGCUUGAAGAAUGAGAGAUGGUGAGAUUCAUAGUUAUUCUUAAUUAUUUUAAUGUUUUUUGAUGCAUGGAAGCUUGCAUGGAAGUUUAAGUAACCUUUCAUGUUAGAGAUCAGCUUGUUUGCUUGCUUAUGAUCAGGAUGUGGAGUCAUUAACCGACCUACCGCCCGCCUUCUAAAAUAUCCCAAAUUAUGUACAUACUGCAUGCACUGAAAUUGGCAGUCUUCUGUUAUGAAGUGUCAAGCAGCAAUGUGGCUUUGCCUGCUGCUGGCUGCCAGCUGCCAACUGUCUGGGGCACAGACCACCCUAGCUGCCAGUUCAGUCACAGAGACCCCUCUGCCAGCCGGCUGCUCAGCGGCCGUUCAAUCAGGUCGCCGUCUUGAUCUCACCUCGCCGAGCCUGACGAAGCUAGCCAACAUCAGCACAGCCUCAGCUACUGCUAGCUGUCCCCACCUGUGCUGCGGUCAGCCCCGCUGCCGGCUGGCUGUUCUGGAAGGGGACGAGUGUGUGCUGCUGGCCUGCGGACGGGAUGGCUGUGACACUCUACCUAAGCGUCACCGCAGUCACAAGCAGAAGGUGUGGCUGAUCAGCUGGGAGCGGUCUGCCGCUGAGCUGCCGGCCACUGCCGCACUGCUGGCCAGCGACAGUUCGUCUGCAUCACCCCCACCGUCUCCGUCCCGGGACGCCACCGGCCAGCCGUGCGAGCCGUCUGUGAGCGCCGCCUGCCCGCCGUCACAGCAGUGCGAGCCGCUGCCCGACCGGCCGGAGGCGGGCGUGUGCCGGUGUCCGCCGGGUCAGGUGCUGGGGGAGGGCGGCCAGUGCGGCCCGCCGGCCGCCGCCGCCGCCUCCACCGAGCCACCGCCGCCCACCGUCUCCACGGCAGCGCCGCUGGCCGUCCGUGUGGUCAACAAGACCAUCACGCUGCCGGAGAGUGACGUCCGGCUGGAGGCGGUCGUCGACCCGCCGCCGGCAGACGGCGAGUCAUACACCUACAUGUGGCAGCUGCUACCGGAGGUAUCCACCCCGGUGGCAGACGGAGCGUCCAUGAGUGACGCAGCCCAGGCGCAGUUCAAGCUGCGGCACCUCACCGCCGGCGUGUACGUGUUCCAGCUGGAUGUGGAGGGACGUCACUCCCUGGGAAGGACCGUGGCCAAUGUCACCGUUAAACCUGCUCCCCGGGUGAACCAGCCGCCGGUGGCCGUGGUCUCGCCGGUCAACCAGACGCUCUACUUGCCCAACUCGAAGGCGCUGCUGGAGGGAUCCGACUCGACUGACGAUCUGCCGUCGGACCAGCUGGUCUACAACUGGGAGGUGGUGGCGGCACCGCUGACCUGGCCCGGACAGGAGCUGCCGCGCGCCGCCACACUGCAGCUGGAGAACCUGACGCCCGGCAACUACACCAUACGGCUGACGGUCGAGGACGCCGAACAUCUGAGCUCCUCCGCGGACGCGCACAUCAUAGUGCUGAAGGAGGUCGACUAUGCGCCACAGGCCAACGCAGGCGAAGACGUGGUCGUCUACCUGCCCACGAAUGCAGUAACACUGUACGGAAACGCCAGCACAGACGACAAGGGCAUUGUCUCGUACGAGUGGACCAAGGCACCGGGCUCUGAGGAUAGAGCCGUCGAUAUGCAGGAUACCCACAAACCGUUUCUGCAUCUGUCCAACCUUGAGAAGGGCGUCUACGAGUUUAUACUGAAGGUGACCGACUCGGCCGAGCAUACGAGCACGGACAGUGUGCUGGUGGUGGUGAAAUCGCAGCCCAACACUCCUCCAACCGCCGUGGCGGGCAAGAAUCAGACGCUGACGCUGCCGCGCACCUGGGCCGUUCUGGACGGCUCCGGCAGCCACGACAACCUGCGUGUCACCAGCUGGCUCUGGGAGCAGAUCAGCGGCCCGACCACCUCCAAGAUCGUCAACUCGACGCAGCCGGUGGCGAACGCCACGUCUCUGACGCGCGGCCUGUACGUGUUCCGUCUGACCGUCUGGGACGACGCCAGCAACAGCAGCGCGCUGACCAACGUCACCGUCAUCCAGGCGACGAACGCGCCGCCGGUGGCGGACGCUGGCGGUGACCUGACGGUGCACCUGCCCGUCUCUGUGGUCACCCUGAACGGCUCCCGGUCAUCGGACGACGUCCGUAUCGUCAGCUGGAAGUGGAGCAGGGACGGCAGCAGUCUGGCCGCCGGCCGGGUGGUGGGCGAUACGGACACGGCCUGCUCGCUGCAGCUGGUGGACAUGGUCGCCGGGUUGUACCGGUUCCACCUGACCGUCACCGACGAGCAGGGCGCCACGGCGCGCGACACCGUCUCCGUGGUCAUCCAGGAGGACCCGUACAUCGACAGCCAGAUCAGGGUCGAGCUCGACGUCCCAUUCGGACAGUGGACCCAGGCGCAGCAGGAGGCCCUGGUGCGAAAGGUGGCUCUCCUGGUACCCUCCAGCGGGGACGUACAGGUGCGUCUGCUGCGCUGGUCGGCUGAGCCCCGCACUGGGCACCUUCUGGUGGAGCUCACUGCGUCUGAGACUACCCUGUCAGACGGCGCCAAACCGCAGAUAAAGAUGCUGCCCGGCGUGUCGGUCGUAUCCGCUCUGCGCGCUCACCUCCGCUCGGACCCGUCGGCGCUGGACCACGCCGUCCUCCUCCUAGACACAGUCACCUGCCAGAACCCGUGCUCAGGUCACGGACGGUGUGACGAGACCACGCGACUCUGUGUCUGCGACCGAUUCUGGACGGAGAACUUCUUCAAGAGGCUCGGCAGCGAUGGACAGGCGAACUGUGACUGGAGCGUUCUGUACGUCAUCAUCAUCUCGUUCUCGCUGGUCGUCGCGCUGGGCGUGGCCGUGUGGGCGGCCAUCUGCCUGCUGCGUCGCCGCUGUGGCUCCGCCGGAGUCGGCUCCGGACUGAGACGGACCCGCCGCGCGCGCUACACGCCCGUCAGCGAUCCUGAGGGACUACAGAUGCUGCCCAAAAACGGCGGCCACUCUGCCAGCAGCCUGAUGGCCUCAGAGACCGACUCGGAGAGCGAACCUCUCUUUGAAGCCGCCUCCGGUCGGCGGCGACCAUCCAGAAACAACAAACGCCGUAAGCGAAACGGCGUGUCACGUCCGCCCAAAGCCGGCAAAAAGAUGUAGGUGGUACGUUGGGGACCUAUAGGUGUGAUUUGGGUUAUAAUCUAGGUCAGUAGUGAUGGUCGAGAUGCCAGUCAGGCUGGUUGGAGUCGCCGCCGGGUCGGCAAGGCGCGAAGAGUGGACGCAAGUCCAGCCCGUAGCCGGCAACUGGCUCAGUGACUCGUAGGAGUCAGGACUGUGCUGACUCGUAGGAGUCAGGACUGUGCCGGCGGUGACUGACUACCGCGACUCGUGGUGUAGUCGCUCAUGACGUGUAGUGUGUAACGUUCGGUCAGAGAUGCCGAUCGUAGUGUCGGCUUGUAUCUCUCUGUGAUACCUCAGGAUGCAUUCCGCGCGCGACCGCGACCGCCAGGGGGACAUCGGUCCGUCCUCUGGCGGCCCCCAAUCGUCGCGUUCACGUCCACCGAGGGUGACGUCUAUCUGUGUUCAGUUGACGAUCUGUGUUCACCGUUGAACGGACUUGGUUGCGCGCUCGACGGCACGCUUUGAAUGCACCGUGUCAUGCGUCCAGGCCAGGCCGGGUUAGGUCCGUCCUCUGGGCGCAAAACGGGCCGACUAUGGGCCCUGCACCUGCCGGCGAUAGGGGGUUUUGAUGGAGAUUGAAGGCGCCUCGGCUGCCUCAGACAGGAGCAGGUAUGGACUACAGGUACAGGUCACAACUGAGACAGGUCUGAGCGAGGUCGCGGGAUCAGCUCAGCAGGAUGUCGUGAGUGCCAGUGGUUCCUGAGGAGUGCAAUGCUGAGGUGCAAAGACAUCCAUGACUAUGACUCGCCCUUGAGUCACGUCAGUGGAUACCCUGGUUGAGUCAAGUUCGGUCAGUGAAGGUUGAGCCUGGUUUAGCUGGCGCAAGACAUCUCUUUCAUAGGUCAGUGUUUAACUGGUGAUCUACAUGCUGAACAGUGUUAGGUGGAUUGGUGUUUAGCUUUCCCGAUCGGUUACUUUGAGCUUAUUUAGUCAUCGAGUUCGGGUUGAUCUUAUUCUCCUGGGAGAAGUUUACUGAAUGGUGUAUGUGUGAUUGUGUUUUGUCGUUGCAGUCUUAUUUGUGACAUAUUUAAUCCGCCGUAUAAACGAGGUACCGUUGUAGCGUGUGCGGCUGGUCUGUCUGAGCCAGUCUCACGUCCUCCCAACCGGUAACGCCCGAAUCCGAUCUAACAGGUGGACGUCCCCUCGCCGCCUCCCUCUAGACAGAGUGCAAUAGUCCGGACAGCGCAUUUCGCCCGUGUGUCUGUGAGUGAUUCAGUGCCGUUUCUUUUACGUUAUAGACCUGACCAACGCGGCGCGAUGUUUGUUAUUGCCUUCGCCGGCGCCGUGGCGGCGGUCGUGGUUGUGAUAUGUUGUAGCGAGCGCUCUGCGGUGCUUUGUUCUUGCCAGUGAGUGGUGCGGGACCUAGGGCGGCGGCGCCGCGGGCAUUAGGUGCGGGUGGAGCGUGUGCAUGGUGGGGUUUGUAGUCUGGAAAGAUUGGGGAACCACCCACCCCCGAGCACCGGGUCGCUGGGUGCGUCUUGUAUGCCAUUUACGUGCAGUCGUGGUCUCAGCCAUUAAAUACAGGUGGAUGCUCGUAAA